GAGAAAAAUUGAGCUCUGAGGAAAGAAAAUAAAAGAUGAUAGAAAUCAAAGUGAAGACUCUGACAGGUAAAGAAAUAGGAUUUGAGAUCGAUCCAAUGGACACGAUUGCUAGAAUCAAGGAAAGAAUUGAAGAAAUAGAAGGGAUUCCUCCUCUUCAACAAAGGAUAAUCUACACUGGUAAACAACUUGCUGAUGACCAAACCGCCAAACAUUACAACGUCGAACGUGGUUCUAUUCUUCAUCUUGUUCUUGCUCUUAGAGGCGGGUUUUGACGUUCUAAUUACCCUAUUCAGUUUACGGCUAUACUAGGGUUUUGAUCUUCCUUUUUUGUUCUUUUGCUAAUCGGUUGUUUAUGUUUAUUGACUAUUGGUUUGUCUUUUUUUCUGUUGGAUUUGUUGAUAUUAAUUGACGUUG